AUGUUGAUUUUAUGGGCGUUUAUAGUGAAGCUUGAUAUAGAUAACCAAGAACCAAUCUUGGUGAAAGAGGAGAGUGUGGUAGGUAUCCCAUCUCCACUCUUGAAGCUCAAAAGCUGGCAAUGGUGGGUUCUUGUGUCCAUCAACAUCUUCUUCCUCAUUGGUGGUCAAGCUGCUUCAGUCCUUCUCGGUCGGUUUUACUACGAUCAAGGCGGAAACAGCAAAUGGAUGGCUACUCUAGUUCAAACCGCGGCUUUUCCGAUCCUCUACAUCCCGCUCUUGCUCCUUCCUUCUUCUCAGACGGACGCAGACUCUUCAGAGCCAUCUUCUUGUUCUCUUAAAACCAUUGUCUUGAUCUACGUUUUGCUCGGUGUCAUCAUCGCUGGAGACAACAUGUUAUACUCUGUUGGACUUCUUUACCUCUCUGCAUCGACUUAUUCGCUCAUUUGCGCGACUCAGUUAGCUUUCAACGCGGUCUUCUCUUAUUUCAUCAAUGCUCAGAAGUUCACUGCUUUGAUUCUCAACUCCGUCGUCCUCCUCUCUUUCUCUGCUUCCUUGAUUGGCCUCAACGACGAUGCAGAUGCUCCUUCAGGUGUCUCUAGAUCUAAAUACAUUGUCGGGUUUAUCUGUACUCUCGCUGCAUCUGCUCUCUACUCUCUCUUGCUCUCCCUUAUGCAGUUCUCAUUCGAAAAGAUUCUUAAAAGAGAGACGUUCUCUGUGGUUCUAGAGAUGCAAAUCUACACUUCUUUAGUCGCGACUUGUGUAUCGGUUAUUGGGCUUUUCGCUAGCGGGGAAUGGAGAAUGCUGAACGGAGAAAUGGAAGGUUAUCACAAAGGGCAAGCCUCUUAUGUACUGACUCUAGUCGGGACCGCGGUUACGUGGCAAGUAUGCUCUGUCGGAGUUGUGGGUUUGAUAUUUCUGGUCUCGUCGCUCUUCUCGAACGUCAUUAGUACUCUGUCUCUAGCUGUGACUCCACUUGCGGCUUUGGUUGUGUUCAGAGAUAAGAUGAGUGGUGUUAAGGUUAUGUCGAUGUUGAUUGCUCUUUGGGGUUUUGCUUCUUAUGUUUAUCAGAAUUAUCUUGAUGAUCUGAAAGUUAGACGAGCGAGGAAACAAGCUGGUCAAGCCGGCAGGGUUGAUCCGGUUUGCUGA